UGUAUAAAAGACCCGCUCCAACCCUAACCAAACAUUUACUCUUGGGGAUCUCUCAAGCAAGACUCAACUGACUUUCAGAGACACAACUUUUGGACCUUUUUUUUUUGCAAGAAGCUUUCUGAGGAGACAUGGUGUCAGCCGGCUUUCAGAUAUUGGGCAUUGCCCUGUGCAUCAUUGGCUGGAUUGGAGCCAUCAUUACGUGUGCUUUACCCCAGUGGAAAGUGACAGCCUUCGUCGGCCAGAACAUUGUCACUGCUCAAACCACUUGGGAAGGCAUCUGGAUGACCUGUGUGACGCAGAGCACAGGCCAGAUGCAGUGUAAGGUUUAUGACUCCAUGCUGGCCCUUUCCCAGGACCUCCAGGCUGCCCGCGCCCUCCUCAUCAUCUCUAUCCUGAUCGGCAUCUUCGGCAUCCUCCUGUCCAUCGCAGGCGGCAAGUGCACCAACUGCGUGGAGGAUGAGACCUCCAAAGCCAAAAUCGGUGUGGCAGCUGGUGUGAUCUUCAUCAUUGCUGGUGUUUUGUGCCUCAUACCCGUGUGCUGGACGGCACACAGCAUCAUAAGAAACUUCUACAACCCUCUCCUGGCGGGCUCUCGGAAGAGGGAGCUGGGACCUAUGGUUUCUCAGGGGAUUCAGCUCAUUGGCAUAAUAAUGGCUGUGAUCGGCUGGCUCAAGGUCAUCGUGGUGUGCGCUUUGCCCAUGUGGAAGGUCACGGCUUUCAUCGGAGCCAACAUCAUCACGGCUCAAACCAUAUGGCAGGGCAUGUGGAUGAACUGUGUGGUGCAGAGUACAGGCCAGAUGCAGUGCAAGGUGUACGACUCCAUGCUGGCUCUGCCCCAAGACCUGCAGGCCGCUCGCGCUAUGAUCGUCAUCUCCAUCCUGACCGGGGUCUUCGGACUGGUCUUGGCAAUCGCUGGCGGGAAAUGCACUAACUGCAUCGAGGAUGAUAGGUCCAAGGCGAAGGCUUGCAUCCUGGCUGGGAGUUUGUUCAUCAUCUCUGGGUUGCUCUGUCUCAUUCCAGUCUCCUGGUCUGCAAACACCAUCAUCACCAACUUCUACAACCCGCUGUUGAUCGAAGCCCAGAGAUACGAGUUAGGAGCAGCGCUGUAUAUCGGCUGGGCGGCUUCUGCGCUGCUGUUAAUGGGAGGGGGGCUACUGUGUUGGAACUGCCCGCCCAAACAUGAACAUGGACAUCCCCACUACAUACCCAAAUUCACACCAGUGAAGUCAACCUCCACAUCAAGAGAAUACGUAUAA